AUGACUGAUGCGGGUGAACUUUCCUCAUAUUUACAUCAAAUAGAUAAUUUAACAUCACAAACAUCAGAACAAUAUGAUCAAAUAAAAGAUAUUACCAAAAAACAUUGGAUAGGAAUAGAAUCCAGGACAUUGUGUGUGACUAGAUCAUGUAGGAAAGCUUUCUCAUUGAUUGAAAGACCACAUCAUUGUCGCAGAUGUGGUGAAGUUUUUUGUGCCAAUUGUGUCAAACAUCAGAGAAAAUUAAAUAAACUAGCACAUCCUGAUCCUGAUGGUAAACCAUACAAGGUUUGUUUAAAAUGUUUUGAAGAAGGAAGAGUAACAGUAGGUAUACAGAGAAGUUGGACAGCUGAAUUUAAAACAUUACGUAUGACAGCAGAGUUCAAUAGACAAUCUUUAAGCCGUGGUAGCCAAACAUCUUCCAGAAGAGAUAAGUUAAGAUUAGAUAAAGAAUGCCAGCGAUUAAAGAAAGGGUUUAAGAAUAGUAUUGGCAAAUCAGAAGUUUCCAGAACUUUACAAGAAAUGAGAAGUGUAGUAGCAACACCUGAAUGGCAGAAGUCUUCUAUUUGGAUUCAAGAGAAUCUAUCUAGUAAAUGUGGUAGACUGCUGAGGUCGAGUUUACUCUAUUAAGAAGUAAACAUUGUUGUAAAGUUUGUGGAUUAGCUGUUUGUAAAAACUGCUCACUUAAAGAUUUAUUGGUUUACAUCCCAGAUGACCAGAUUGAUAGUCAUAAUACUGAGCCAUUGUUAGCUGUUAUAAAAAUAGUUGGGUUGGGUUGGGGUAAGUUAUUACUACCAUUGUUAGCUGUUAUAAAAAUAGUUGGGUUGGGUUGGGUUGUAGUAAGUUAUACUACCAUUGUUAGCUGUUAUUGUUAUAGUUGUGUUGUGGUAAGUUAUACUACCAUUGUUAGCUGUUAUAAAAAUAGUUGGGGUAAGUUAUUACUACCAUUGUUAGCUGUUAUUGUUAUAGUUGUGUGUCCAGAAGUUGAACCAGAGAUCAGUUUAAGUUUAAGGAUAUGUUUAAAUUGUCAUGGAUUUUUGGUUGAAAAACAAGUUUUAGAGUAUGAAAAAGAAGUUAAACCCACUAAUGAUUUUAUGUCUAAAAUUAGCCUGUAUCAUGAAAGAUUUGUAGCUGCUGAAGAAAAAAUCGAUAAACAUCUACCAGAGUAUCAGACUAUUAUAACAUCACUAGAAAAUAACAGUAGAAGUAAUGAUAAUAAAGGUGGAAGCAAUAUGAAAAUCUUAGCUAAAGCACAGGAAGAUUUAGCUGAUUAUUUAGCUCAACAUGUUUUAAUUGUACAGAGUUUAAAAUCUUUAAAACCAACAUCUAAUACACAAUCGACUAUUCUAAAAUACUAUAUUAAGGGUAAAUGUGAUUUCUUUCUUUGUUAUUUCAGAGUAAAUGGUAAAUGUGAUUUCUAUCUUGAUAUUUCAGGAGUUAAUGUGAUUUCUAAUUGUUAUUUUAGAGUAAAUGUGAUUUAUCUUUGUUAUUUUAGAAGUAAGUGUGAUUUCUAUCUAGAGAAUAUGUCUACAUUUAGAUUAUUAAAAAGACAGUUAAGUGAUACGUCACCACCAGAAAUACUAGAAGUUAUACAGAGAAUAAUGAAUAAAGAUUCAAUAAUCAGUGCCCAUUUGUAUAUACGACAGUUAAUAUAUGAAUGUAUCAAUAUCUGUAGUAGAUAUAAACUAGAUGAUACCUGUCCUAGAAUAUUGAUGACUGUUGAAGAGAACAUAGAGAAAGAUACACUAGCAUGUUUAAGAAGAGAAGGAGAUGAUUGUAAUCAACAUGAACAACUGGUACAACAAAUGAUUAAAUCACAAAUGGUGAACCAUAAAUUAAUUCGUACCUCGAGAACAUUAUUAAAGACACAAGGUGCUCAACAUGCUGCAACUAUAAUGUUAUCUAGAUCAUACGAAGUUUUAAAACAAUUAUUAUUACAGUUACAACUAAAAACUCCUAAUAAAAGUUUUAGUGAUAGUAAGAAUAUACUAGAGGAAUCUGUGGUCAAAUUAGAAUCCUUUAAUAUUAAAUGA